UUACGCUACACUAUAGUUUAAUAGAGUAUAUGCUAGUAGAUUAACUAUCAUUUUUAUCAUGUUAUCGAUUAAUGUUUAUCAUAAAAAUUUACUUGUAAUUAUGUUAGUAUGUUUGAUAUUGUCAGUGCAUAAACUUAAACUCUACACUCAUUUAUGUGGUAUGAUGCAUGUUUUCAGUUUGAGUUUGACUUAUAUUCACCGACGGUGUAAAGUAUUUUUACACUCUUAGAUCACUUUUACCUCUUGAAGUAGGUAACUUGUCUUAUUUUCAAGCAUACAAAAAUCCCACUUUUCAUGGACAAUUAUCGGUAAUUUAACAGAAGCGAACCCAGGAUUGAAGGUUGCGAGUGCACUUUUAGAUUCAACCGAAGUCUACUUUGUAUAUAGGGUGCCCACUACUAAUAUAUUACUACUAUUUUCUAAGAACAUAUACAUGUAUACAUAGAACUUUUGUUGAACUUUACGUGUGUCGGUGAUCCCUCUCGGUAUAGCAUAGGUCCGCCCCUGCCUGUAAAUAUACUUUAAGUAUCCUGAUAGUGUGGAAAGUUUUACACAGUUAUUGUAUAAGUUAAACUCUUUUAGUAAUGUGUCCAUGAAAUCUGUAGUUUUAUUCUAAAAUGGAAACAAAAUGCAUUCUUUGAGAUAUGGAGCUAUCAUUUCUUUAUCCAAACUUCUGUUUCUAAUUACUACAAUAUAUGUUCUUUCUUGAUGCAGUGAAUCAUUUAAUUGGUGUUGUUGAAUUCUUGUUACUUGAGAUUGAGGAGUCAAUGUUGCUUCAUCUCUUCUUUUCGUUGUCCGUCUUUUUAUUGAUAGACAACGGGAAUGCUGGUAUAACGAGUUCAUUUAUUCGUAAUGAAUGGCCAUCUGUGGAUAUUCCUCUUGACAAUGAAGUCUUUGCUGUUCCUAAGGGUUAUAAUGCUCCACAACAAGUGCAUAUAACACAGGGUGAUUAUGAAGGGAAGGCUGUCCUAGUUUCAUGGAUUACGCCUGAUAAACCGGGGCCUAGUCAAGUACGUUACGGAUUAUCUGAAGGAAAAUAUGAAUUUACAGCUGAGGGUUCAGUAACAAACUACACAUUUUACAACUACACAUCUGGCUAUAUACAUCAGUGCUUUCUUGAUGGCCUUCAGUAUGACACAAAGUAUUACUAUGAAAUUGGAGAUGGUGACUCUGCUCGAAAGUUCUGGUUUGAAACUCCUCCAAAGGUUGAUCCAGAUGCUUCAUACAAAUUUGGAAUCAUAGGCGAUCUAGGACAAACAUAUAACUCUCUUUCGACGCUUCAGCAUUACAUGGAUAGUGGAGCGAAGAGCGUACUAUUUGUAGGAGAUCUCUCUUACGCGGACAGAUAUAAGUAUCAUGAUGUUGGUGUCCGUUGGGAUACAUGGGGCCGCUUUGUUGAACAAAGUGCAGCAUAUCAACCUUGGAUUUGGUCAGCCGGGAAUCAUGAGAUAGAAUAUAUGCCGUAUAUGGGGGAAGUAACUCCAUUCAAGUCAUAUUUGUACAGAUAUCCUACACCUUAUCAAGCUUCAAAAAGCAGUAGCCCACUUUGGUAUGCUAUUAGGAGGGCAUCUGCUCACAUAAUUGUGCUAUCAACCUAUUCUCCUUUCGUGAAGUAUACACCACAAUGGAAGUGGCUGAGAGAGGAAUUAAAGAAUGUGGACAGAGAGAAGACUCCUUGGCUUAUAGUUCUUAUGCAUGUUCCUAUCUACAACACUAAUGUAGCCCAUUUUAUGGAGGGUGAAAGUAUGAGAUCCGUAUUCGAAGGAUGGUUCGUUGAGCACAAAGUUGAUGUAAUCUUUGCCGGCCAUGUCCACGCCUAUGAACGAUCAUAUCGGGUAUCAAAUAUACACUAUAACGUCUCGAGUGGUGAUCCUUAUCCCGUACCAGAUAAAGCAGCUCCAGUUUAUAUAACAGUUGGUGAUGGAGGAAAUCAAGAGGGUCUUGCUUCAAGAUUUAGAGAUCCUCAACCAGAUUAUUCUGCAUUCCGCGAAGCAAGUUAUGGCCAUUCUACGCUAGAGAUUAAGAACAAAACACAUGCAUUAUACCAUUGGAACAGAAAUGACGAUGGAAAGAAAGUUAAAAUCGACUCGUUCGUGUUACAUAACCAGUACUGGGGAAGCAAUCAUCACAGGAGAAAGUUGAACAAAAAUCAUCUCCAUUCAGUCAUUUUAAACAGGGCUUCAACUGCACAACUAUGAAACAAAUUUCUGGAGCAUACUGAAUAUGGAUCAUUACAAUAACAACAACAAACCUAGUGAUUUUUCACAAGUGGGGUCUGAAUAUGGAUCAUUCAAAAUAAAAAUUAUGAGUUUGUGUUGUUCAUUGCAUCAUUGGAGUUUGAAAAAGCUAUAUUCGGAUAUUAUGAUGUCGUUGCUUAAUUCACAACGCAUUGACUUCAUUUAUCCAUUCAUUUGUUAUUUCGUAAGUAGAAUGUUAGCCUGAGAUGAAUUUAAAUUGAGAAACAUGGUCAGUGAAAAUUCAUAUAACA